AUGGCGUUUACUAAUUUUUCUGUUUUUUUCUCUUCCCUAAUUUACUUCUGUUGUAAAACCACUCGAUCGUCGCAGAUAAAUGGUUUCGACCGCUAUUAUUCUAAAGAAAAAAUUCAAGAAGUGAAGUCCAAGUGGAAGAUAAUAUGGCAACCUCAAGAGAUAUUCGAGAAUUCGUUUCGAAGCUUUCAUCAGAUAAGGCCAAAGCUCGCUAAAACAUGGCCAUUCCUUGUAACAUUGCUCAUCCAAUGUAUAGCCUCAAAGAUUCCCACAAGAAAAAGGCAACCACCAAAUUUGCUUUCUCCAAAAACCCUUCGAAUUGCCAUCCAACGAGCAGAGGAUGCAAAGUUUUCGGGAGCCUUGCAGGAACUCUCUUUUGUGCUGCUUUUCCAAGCAAGUGUGGAUACUCUACAGUGCUUAUCUCUCACCUCUAUGAAGCUAAAACAUGGCCAUUCCUUGUCUCAUCCAAUCUAUAGCAUUAGAGAUAUCCACAAGCAAAAGCCUCAGAGAUAUCCACAAGCAAAAGGUGACUACCAAAUUUGCUUCCUCCAAAAUCCCUUCGAAUUACCAUCAAAAGAGCAAAGGAUACAAAGUUGUCGAGUCGGUGACAGGAACUCUAUUAUGCUUCAUUUGAUUUACUCAAUUAUUAUUUUGCACUCACAUCGAGUAGCUUACAUGGUUGUUUAUGUUGAGGAUGUUUAUGAGAUUUGAAAGUUGUAUUUGUACUUGAUUAGCUGUAGGAUUUAAUGUGAUCCUUUCUAAUUAAAAAAAAAAAAAUUUGUGGAAAUACA